GCAGCCCUGACGGGCAAACGAUUACAAUUGUAUAUGCGGUAUUUAAGGCAUAAUUUUGUUAAUUUAAGAAAGUCGCCGACAAAAGGCCAAAUUUACACGUGAAUUUCUGAUAGAGAUCAAUUGUAACAUUAGCUCUGUCGCAGAGUACUAAUUUAGGUUAAGUUAAAGGCCUUAAUUCAUAUAGUGUGUGCCACCGGCGUUUUAUAGUAUCCAGCUGAAAAAAAAGCGCGUCGAUUAUCAUGUCAAAGAACUCUGGGCGUGAUCGGGAUCGGGAGCGCGACCGCGACAGGGAGAGAGACAGAGAUAGGGAAAGGGAGCGCGAGCGUGACAAGCAUUACGAAAGUCGGAGUGGUCGUGGGGACUACGACAAUGGCAAAUCGUCACGCAACGGGGCCAGCCUGAGCAGCAGCUCGCGAGGUGGGCGUGAGGAUCGUAAGCGGCCGAAGGAGCCGACCAAGGAGAGUGACCGUGGUGUUGGGACGCGUCGCGAUGAGAAGCGACGCAAGCGUUCCAGGUCCAAGGACUACGAUAAGGACAAACGGCAGUUGGAUCGUGAGCGUGAUAAGGAUAAGGAGCGAGAGCGUGAGCGGGAGCGUGAAAGGGAUAGAGAGCGCGAUCGCCAGCGCGAACGGGAUAAAGAGCGUGAACGGGAGCGCGACCGUGAGCGAGAGCGGGAACGGGACAAGGAGCGUGAACGAGAGCGUCAACGUGAACUGGACACACGUCGCGCUGCGAUGUCGGAAGCUCCGUUGGUCAUACCCGUCGGAUCGUCCAGUAGCUCCACCGACAAUGAGGUGGAGGAAGAGGAGGAGGAGGAGGAGGAGGAGGAAAUUGACAAGGAGGAGCAACAGCGCCGCCUUGAGCAGGAGAUGAUCAAGCGACGCGAACGCAUCGAGCGUUGGCGUGCCGAGCGCAAACAGCGCGAGCAGGAGGCGGGAAAACGAGAUGUGAAAGCAGUGGUAGCGUCCACAGUCAGUAAAUCGGCCAAGAAGUGGAGCCUUGAAGAUGAGUCCGAGGAGGACGACAGCAAUCCAGCGCCCAUCAUCGACGUUGAUGCGGACAAAAAGGAACCCGACUCGCCGCCAUCCAAAUUCCACAGCAUUCGCAAAAAUUUCGACGAAGAUCUGGUUGAGUCGAAGUUUGCGCCACUAAAGCGACCCACGUUCAGCAAGGUCCUGAUGCUUUCAUCUCCAGCUGUAUCCGCAGCAACCACAGCUACAACCACAAAGAUAACAACACCCACAGUAGAAAAAGCCACACCAACUACAGCAAAAACAGAUACUGCAGCCACAGUAGAACCCGUUGCAGCCGAUCCCGAUGUGGAGCUAGUCAAGGUGGAAGAAAAGCCGGCUGUGGUGAAUGCAGCAGCAGAUUCACCCAAAACGCCAGUGCAGGUCGAACCGGCUGCGGCAGCUGUGGAGCCCGAGGAUGAUGUGGACCCACUUGAUGCGUACAUGCAGGAGGUGAAUCGAGAAAUGCGCCGGGUCAAUCACUUCGUUAGUCCCGCCAAGGCCAAGGGCGUGGUAAUCCUAACGGGAGUGGCCAAAAAGAAGACAACGGCGGUUAAGAAGGGCGAACUAAUUGAACAGAAUAUGGACAGCCUGGAGUAUUCCAGCGAGGACGAGCUGGAGGAUAUACGUGACACAGCUGUCAAUCUGGCCAUGAAGCAUCGCAAAGAGCUGGCCAAGAUCGAUCAUUCCUCUGUCAGCUAUGCGCCCUUCCGUAAGAAUUUCUACGUCGAGGUACCCGAGCUGGCCCGCAUGACCAGCUCCGAGGUGGAGAAGUAUCGCAGCGAUCUCGAGGGCAUCCAGGUGAAGGGCAAGGGCUGUCCCAAGCCGAUCAAGACGUGGGCGCAAUGCGGCGUCAGCAAAAAGGAGAUGGAUGUGCUGCGCAAGCUGGGCUUCGAGAAACCUACGCCCAUACAGUGCCAGGCGAUACCGGCGAUAAUGUCUGGGCGGGAUCUGAUAGGUAUUGCUAAAACUGGCAGUGGCAAGACGUUGGCAUUCAUUUUACCAAUGUUUAGGCAUAUUCUUGACCAGCCGGCGCUCGAGGAUGGCGACGGUGCCAUUGCGAUCAUAAUGGCACCGACACGCGAGCUCUGCAUGCAGAUUGGCAAGGAUAUACGUAAAUUUAGCCGUUCGCUUGGAUUGCGACCCGUAUGCGUGUAUGGCGGCACCGGCAUCUCCGAACAGAUUGCCGAGCUGAAGCGCGGCGCCGAGAUAAUUGUCUGUACGCCCGGACGCAUGAUUGAUAUGCUGGCUGCGAAUUCGGGGCGUGUCACCAACUUGCGACGGGUGACCUACGUGGUGCUGGAUGAGGCGGAUCGAAUGUUUGAUAUGGGCUUUGAGCCGCAGGUGAUGCGCAUCAUCGACAAUGUGCGUCCCGAUCGACAGACGGUCAUGUUUAGUGCCACAUUCCCACGGCAAAUGGAGGCGCUUGCCCGCCGCAUACUGAAGAAGCCCGUCGAGGUGAUCGUUGGCGGGCGCUCGGUGGUCUGCAAGGACGUCGAGCAGCAUGUCGUCAUCCUGAGCGAUGAGGCGAAGUUCUUCAAGCUGCUGGAACUGUUGGGGGUCUAUCAGGAGACGGGCAGCAUCAUAGUGUUUGUCGACAAACAGGAGAACGCGGACAUUCUGCUGCGCGACCUAAUGAAGGCAUCCUAUCCAUGCAUGAGCCUGCACGGCGGCAUCGAUCAGUUUGACCGCGACUCCACCAUAAUUGACUUUAAGUCUGGCAAGGUGCGCCUGCUGAUCGCCACCUCGGUGGCAGCGCGCGGCCUCGAUGUCAAGGAUCUCAUACUGGUUGUCAACUACGAUGUGCCCAAUCACUACGAGGACUAUGUGCACAGAUGCGGACGCACUGGUCGAGCUGGCAACAAGGGAUGCGCCUUUACAUUCAUCACGCCAGAGCAGUCGCGUUAUGCGGGUGAUGUGAUUCGCGCUCUUGAGCUAUCCGGCACGCCCGUGCCACCCGAUCUGCAAACUCUGUGGAACGACUAUAAGGCAGCACAGGAGGCGGAGGGCAAGACGGUGCAUACGGGCGGCGGCUUCAGUGGCAAAGGCUUCAAGUUCGAUGAGCAGGAGUUCAAUGCGGUGAAAGAGAGCAAGAAGCUGCAGAAGGCGGCGCUCGGCCUGGCCGAUUCCGAUGAUGAGGAGGACAUCGAACAGGAUAUCGAUCAGCAAAUCGAGCAGAUCUUUGCGGCCAAACGCACCGUCAAGGAUACCUCGGUGGCCGGCACUGCGCUGGCUGCGGCCACUGCCGUUGCGAGUGCCCUUAGUGCGAGCAUCGCUUCGCCCCAUGUCGCCGCCCAGCAACAGCUGCAGCAGCAGCAGCAACAACAGCUACAACAACAAAUGGCCACGUCAGCGGCCGUGGGCUCCGACAAACUGGAGCUGGCGAAGCGUUUGGCCUCCAAGAUAAGCAGCAGUCGCAAUUUGGAUACGAAGGCGACACAGGUGGCCACCGAAUCGAUAAUGAAGGGUCAGGCGGGCGUCGGUGCCGGGCAGCCAAUGCUAACGGCGCGCACCGUGGUCGAACAGCUGGCGGCCAAGCUGAACAACAAGCUCAACUAUCAGCCCAAGGAGGAUGAGGACGGCCUGUCCGCCCUGAUGGGCAGCAGCACGAACUCGUUCACCAAAUACGAGGAGGAGCUGGAGAUCAAUGACUUCCCACAGCAGGCACGCUGGAAGGUUACCUCCAAGGAGGCACUGGCCCAAAUCUCCGAGUACUCCGAGGCGGGCCUGACUGUCCGUGGCACCUAUGUGCCCCAGGGCAAGAAUCCGCCCGAAGGCGAGCGCAAACUUUACUUGGCCAUCGAGAGCUGCAGCGAGCUGGCCGUGCAGAAGGCCAAGCGCGAGAUAACGCGCCUCAUCAAGGAGGAGCUGCUCAAGCUUAGCUCGGCCCAUCAUGUGUUCAACAAGGGGCGCUACAAAGUGGUCUAGACGUAUAACUAAUAUAUAUAUAGAUAUAUAUACAUACUUAU